AUGGGACAGAGACUGGGAAUAGGACGUUUCGGUACUGUGUUUAAGGGGACUCACACAUCUGAUGGCCAGCGGGUUGCCAUCAAAGUCAUUCCUAAGCAUAAGGAGGAUGAUUAUAUCGUUAUUCCUGGCUAUUCCAAGCCAUUGCUCGUGGAAGUGGCUCUAAACCUGCGGGUGAAAAAGUCUCCAAUAAGCCCCAACAUUGUCCAGAUGCUGGACUGGUUUGAAGAGGCACAUUGUCACAUCCUGAUCUUGGAGUAUCCGCAGCCCUGCAUGACCCUGAACACUUUCCUUAAACUCAACAGACGUCGCUUAGAUGAAAAUCAAGCGCCUCGCUUUAUGCUCCAGGCAGUUCUCGCAGCCAAACACUGUAUGGACCGUGGUGGCGCCCAUAAUGACAUCAGGGUGGACAACGUCCUGAUCAAUACAGACACGCUGCAGCUCAAACUGAUAGACUUUGGCUGUGGAGAACUUAUUGAAGGUUGUGAUGAUGAAGACAACCAAUACAGAGGACAUGUGGUGCCGGAGCUUUAUGUGGUGCACAAAUGCGCGCUGAGCGAGACGGUGUUGUCUCUGGGAAACCUCCUGUACAGGAUGGUGGAAGGCCAGUCUGCUCUAGAAAAUAAUCAAGAAACACCAACAUUAGAGCAGCUGUUAGAACAUGAAUGGUUUAAGCAGGGAGAGGAUCAGGAGUAG